AUUCAUUCGAAAGCUAAAGAUGCGAAAGACAAAGAGGUGGCGAAAGAUUCACCAUUGCAGCCAACAGGCAAAUCAAACAAAACCAAAUAUCCGCUACAACAACAGCAGAUGUUUGCCAGUGGGAAAAAGGUGCAGCCGGUUGCACCAAUGCAUAAGCUUAGCCAAAAACUAUCCAUGUCUCCAAAAGCUCCCACAAACCAACGGAAGAAGAGCAAUGCGUCAGCUGAAGCUGAUAGACGACUAACGCGAACGCAACAACUUAUGGAUGGAAAUCUAGAACGUCCGACUGGAGCUACAACAAACGUUGGCAACAGCAUUUCCACAUCGAAUUCAUCUUCGAAUCUGGAGAAUGUCGGCAUUAGAACUCUACCGUCGAACCGUGAAGAUAAACGUCCUGACAACUCCGAAAAAGAAUCUAUGGAGCCUCCUCGUCAAAAGCCUCAACCUGUUGCUGUUGCUCCUGUUCAGCAAAAGAGAUCAACCAAUAAUUCUCCACUUUCUUCGGAAGCCUCUGCUCCACCAUCACCCGUCACACCCACCCCCGCUACUGCAAAUUCGGGCUCGCAAAAUCUGCCAAUCCCUGUCGCUGUUACCACCUCCAUGCCGACAUCACGUCCUUCGAUGAUCCCAGUGUCCGCAGUGCAUCCCACUGUCUAUACGGGAACGAUAGCGGGAGCUGAACCAAUUCCCAUUCCGGUGAUGCUCCCAGUAAUACCAACGCUGAUUCCCGGCCUGACACUCCCAAUUGGUGGCGUUGAUAUGACUGGUGUUUCUUUGGGGGCCCUGGCAGACUACUAUGGGCAAAUCUCAGGGUAUGAUGAUUCAAAUAUGCCGGUUACACCAACUCCCUCGCUCGCCUCAAGCAUUAGUAAUGAACGCACAGUAAGUCGAAGGCGAGGCCAUUCAAUUCUGUUCUGA